AUGAAAGUCUUCACCGUCUGUUACUUCAGCUUGCUAGCCUUUGCGCCCACGGCUCUGUGUCAACUUGGGGGCAAGCGAGGAUUGGAUGGUAAAAUACUUCCAAAAUUUGCCCUCCAAGAUGUAACCACUCUCACAAACCACAUCAAGGCGGAGUUCGACAGGACGCCAAAGUUGAUAGGAGCUGUUGAUAUUUCGGGUAAUGUUACUUUUCAGCUGCAAAGACUAAACAAAUAUAUGGAAAAGACAUUGUUCCCGGCUGUUAACCCUCAGAGAUUUUAUCCUGGAACACCGGGACUGCUAAGAGCACGGACUUGUCCUGAGAGAAAGGCUAUCCUUAGGGAAUAUGAAAAUUUUUUCGACGCCGUAAUAUCUGCUCGUGAAGCAGCUGGGGCUGCUGUCUGUCGUAGCACAGUUAAAGUGCCCGGUGCGAAGGAAAAUACUGCUAUAAUUGCGUUGACCAAAGCGGCAAUAAUAGAAGUGGAUAGAACCGUGAAUAACAUCAGGCGCCUAUGGGAUAACCUCUACAACAAAUACAACUCCAUCGACUUCUUCAUUUAUCACUGCAAAGCUCGAAACAACCCAGCUGGUUGUCGAAAUCCUGGAGAGGGAUGCCCACCAAAGCCUGAAAGGUGCCCUAUAGUCUGUCCCUGCUAUUAUGGAUUUGUCGAUGGGAAGAACCCGAAUAAGGACCAGUGUUUUACAAAUGAGAAUGAGAUUAUGGAAGUUGCCAGUGUUUCGGGCAAGUCGAGUAGAGCCAGCUUUGGAUGGGAGAAUCUUAAGGAUUGUAGGCAGUGCUUUCUGGAAGACGACCCUCUUCCAACUUGUGUGAAUGUUCUUUGA